AAUUACUGAUGAUCAUUUUUUAUUAAAGAGAUUAUAAUAGUCCUUUUUCAGCUCAGCGUAGCUGAUUAAAAGUAGCGAGAUCUAAUGAUUACAAUCAUUGAAAAAAAAUUGGUGCUUAAAUCACAUUAUUCUUAAGCCUAUACAAUGUAUACUUAGAUAGAAAAAAAGGAUUUUGUGGCAUAAAAUAUUUUUAAUCUACCCAAGAAAAUUUUUAAAUGAAUUGAAAACUAAAAUUUUCUUGGAGCGAGAAAAAAUGUUUCGCGCCAAUAAAUUUAUUUUUAGUCUUAAGAAAAUUUUUGUUUUUAAUUCAUAAUGAAAAAUUUUUCUUGGGCCAAGAAAUCCUUUUUUUCUGUGUAUAAGAUAUGAAGCGAUAAAUUAUAUAACUUUAUGCUUCGCAAUAAUAUUAUAUAUUAAAAAUAAUCGUCAAUAUAUGAGAUAUAAGACUUAAAAGUCAAUAAUUAAUUGUAAUAAAAAAAAGUCUGGAAAAUGUUUGAUUCUGUAGGUCAGUCCUAAAAAUUCCCGCUGUUUUUUAACUCAGCUUGAAAUUUAAAUUAUUCAUACUUUUUCGAGCUCGAAAAACGUUUUUAUUUUGUUUAGCAACAGAAACGAGCCGAGUCACAUUCUCUUGUCAAUUCAACUAAAAUAAUAUUGUCUUCAACACAAAUUUAAAAAAAUAAAUAAAUAAAGUUGUCUCGGUAAGAAUUUAAAAUUUUGCUCCCACUACAAUGUCUCCAUUUCCAUCACAAUAUUAUGAUUUGCGCAUGAGUAGAAUCUUUUAAAAAAUAUUAUAUAUUGGUGGGAGCAAAACCAUAAGUUCAAAUUAAAGUGAUCAAUUGUCAUUAGUAGAUUACUUCAUUUAUUAUAAAAAUUUUUAACCUUGUUAUCAAUUUAAAAUUUUAAUGUGUUAAUGUGAUUAAAAAAAAAUCUUAACUAAUAAUGUCAAUGAUACAAAGAGUACUUUUUUCAAAACUAAUAACAAAUAUUCCAAAACGUAAUUAUAUCAAAAAUAAAAAUGAAUUUAAUGGAGAAAUUUAUUCAUCAAAAAGUGCAAAUGAUUGUGAUGGAGAAGUUAAAAAAUGGCCUACAGAAAAGCGGAUUAAAUUUAAUUUUCAUCCUGAAACAGAGACAGCAUUUAAUCAACAAAUCAAUACCGAAUUCAAAGCAUUUUACAAUUAUUUAUCUAUGGCGACAUAUUUUGGCCGAGCAGAUGUAGCAUUGCCAGGUUGUCAAUCUUAUUUUACUCAAAUGUAUGUCGAGGAAUAUGAACAUGCAAUACAAUUUUUAAAUUAUGUUAAUAUGCGUGGAGGAUCUGUUAAUCUUUCCGGUAUUACACCUCCAACUAAUCAAAACUGGAACUGUCCGCUCUAUGCGUUCAAAGAAGCUUUGCAGUUAGAAGUCGAUGUAUCAAAUAAAUUAGCUGCUGCAUAUGAAAUUGCUGAAAAACAUAAAGACCUCAAUGCAAGUGAUUUUAUAAUCAGUAAUUUUAUGGAAAAUCAAAUGAAAAGUAUUAAUGAGUAUGAAAAAUUUACAACUAUUCUUUCUGGUAUUGGAGAUAAAACUCUUUCAAGAUUUAUAUUUGAUAAAGAUUUAUUAGAUAAUUAUGUACAACCACAAUUUAAUGUAUUAAAAAAUAAUAAUAAUGAAAAAUAAAUUUAAGUAUAUAACUAA